UCCCCAGCCCUUUUUGACCCACAAACACUUCCUGCAAAUAUCAGUGCUUCGAAGAACUUCCGGUUUGGGCUGCUAUCUGUGAACCUAACUUUAUAGGAGUUGAUAAAGGGCGGUUUAACAAGGAUGUAUCUUUUUAAAAUGUCCGCUUUUAACAUACAGCCAUAUGUGUUGGAUACCGAAUCCAAUCCGGAAGUAGAGACUGGACAGUCCUAAGUUUCUCAAGAAAAGAGGUUACUUCAAGACGUCUCUCAAUGGCUGGGUGUUGGAUCGCAUUGGUGCAGGUGUGCCUAAUGAAGUGGCCAGUGAGUCCAUUCCGAUGCGUGCAUCAGGUUGCGCCACAUGCAGCAGCUGUUGGUAAAAUAUAUUUUGGUGUGUUUGCUGGUGCCUUGCUGACUAAAAAUCCCUGACGAGACUACACACACAAACCAGAAGGAACCAUGACCACCAUCAACUCACCCAAAGACAAAUACAAGGCCGUGUGGAUCAUUUUUUUCAUCCUGGGCUUGGGAUCCGUCCUACCGUGGAACUUCUUCAUGACGGCCACCAUGUACUUCACCAGCAGGCUGAAGGACCCGCCCGCCGAGCCCUGCGCCAAUCAGACGAGCAACCAGACGGCGGAUGGCAGGGACACUCGUAAUGUCUUGGAGUCCACAUUCAACAACGUGAUGACGCUGUGCGCCAUGGUGCCCUUGCUCGUCUUCACCUGCCUCAAUUCCUUCAUCCACCAGAGGAUCCCUCAGAAGUUGCGCAUCUCGGGCAGCCUGACGGUCAUCCUGGUGGUGUUCCUGUUGACGGCCCUGCUGGUGAAGGUGUACGUGGCCCCGCUGCCCUUCUUCACGCUCACCAUGAUCAAGAUUGUCUUCAUCAACUCAUUCGGAGCGAUCCUCCAGGGCAGCCUCUUCGGCUUGGUUGGGAUUCUGCCCGCCUCCUACACCACUCCCAUCAUGAGCGGGCAGGGCUUAGCCGGCACCUUUGCAGCCUUCUCCAUGAUCUGCGCACUGGCCACUGGCUCGGACCUGCGGGACAGCGCCUUUGGCUACUUCAUCACAGCCUGCUUUGUUGUUCUCAUCGCCAUUAUUUCCUACCUCACUCUGCCCAGGAUGGAGUUCUUCCAGCACUACAUGGACAGCAGUAGAUCCAGACUGUAUGGGGAUGAGAAGAAGAUGGAUUUUGUCAAAAAAGAGAGACCAAACGAGAAGCAGCCAAAGGUCAUUCUGAUGGAGGACGACGGCAAACCUGGUGUGACUGUGCUGAAAAUCUGCAAUAAGAUUUGGGUCGUGGCUUUGUUGGAGUGCUUCAUAUUCACUGUAACUGUCGGAAUGUUCCCGGCGGUGAUCGUCGAGGUCAAGUCGACAGUGGCAAACGGAGGAGGAUGGGACACAUACUUCAUCCCCGUGUCUUGUUUCCUCCUCUUUAAUGUGAUGGACUGGGCUGGCAGGAGUCUGACGGCCUUUUGCAUGUGGCCCAGCGAGGACAGUAAGUGGCUUCCCGUACUGGUGGCUCUGCGGGUGGUCUUUGUGCCGCUCUUCAUGCUUUGUAACGUGCAGCCUCGCCACUACCUCCCUGUGCUGUUUGCUCACGACGCCUGGUACAUGGUCUUCAUGAUCCUCUUCUCCUUCUCCAACGGAUACCUGGCCUCACUCUGCAUGUGUUUUGGACCCAAGAAAGUAUCUCAGCAUGAGGCGGAGACGGCCGGCGCCAUCAUGGCCUUCUUCCUGUCGCUGGGCUUGGCACUCGGAGCCGCCAUCUCUUUUCUGUUCAGGGCCAUCAUCUAACACACGUGAGACGUGAGGCACCAAUGCGUUUGAAAUUAUCGUUUAUACCGAUAAGUUAUUAUCUUAUCAUUGGAAGAAUGGUAUAUAUCCUGGUAUACCAGGAUAUAAAAAUGAUCUACCUACCCUACGAGAGACCACCUCAGCCUUCCAUAAGUUGACUACUCAUUGUGUUGUUACCAUGGCAUCUGUAUAAGCUCAAUGUCUCUCUUUCUGAUGGGUUAUUUCCCAGCAUGCAACCAAACAGGGUUUUUAAAAAUUAAUUUUAAGAAUUUGAUUACAUCUUAUUGACAAGAUGGAUAUGAUAUUGUAUCUAUAAGAGCCUCAGCUAGAACAAAAUCACUUUUUUUGUCUUGACCUAUUUAUUUGUAUUUAUCCAGUAUUAGGGCUGAGAUAAAUCUAAUAUGUUUUUGCAUAACAAAAAUACUUUUAAAAAAGUAUUAAGAGCAUAAAUGUUUACCUCAUGAUUUUUUGUGAACAUGAUAUUCCAUUUAAUGUACAUUGAACAGUUACUGAACAGUGUGCAAAUGUAUGCAACAUGAAAUGUGCCACUUACUAAAGCUGGUACCGUUUUUUCCAUCAAAUGUUUUGUAUAUCUGUACAAAAAAAUAUCCGGCUUAUAUUUGUAUCAUAAUAGAAUUGGUAGCUUUUCCUGUAUUGUAGUACAUUUAGUGUAGAGAAUGCUUCAGGCCUCGGAGGCACAAGACAAUCAGUGUAAAUGCAUCAUGUACAGCACAGCAUUGUGAGCCAAUAAAUGUAAGAAAAGGUCUCCCUCUGAUG